AUGUCGAGGUUACCUUGCCCGGAAAAAUACUAUUGUAUUGAAAAGGUGGAUAGCAUUGAGUACGAAGCGAUACAAAACAUGCCAGUGACCGUAGAGGAGCUAAGUACAAAAACAAAAGCAGAUCGGGAAGUACACAAACUGGUCGAAUGUCUUAAAUAUGGUCGCGAAUGCGAUGCAAAGGACCGAUUUGGAGUAGAACAGAUGGAAUUUACGCUACAGAAAGGCUGUCUUUUGCGUGGUAUCAGGGUCUACAUACCAAAACCCUUACGCAAGCGAGUACUACAGGAACUACAUACAGCUCAUUUCGGAAUGUCGAAAAUGAAAAGUCUUGGUCGAGCAUAUUGUUGGUGGCACAGCAUGGAUAGAGAUAUCGAAAACUUGGUAUCGAAUUGCAACGCAUGCCAGUUGGUAAGAGCAGAACCGAAAAAGAAUACACCAGUGCAUUGUUGGUCAACACCUACAAAGGUGUUCGAAAGAGUCCAUGCGGACUAUGCAGGCCCAAUAUUUGGAAGGUACUUAUUCGUACUUGUAGAUGCGUUUAGCAAGUGGCCCGAAGUACAUAUUGUCCCGAAUAUGAAUACUGAAACUACAAUACAACCGUGCGAAGAUAUUUUUGCUACUUUCGGGUUGCCCAACGUUUUCGUGAGCGACCACGGAACGCAGUUUAAUUCAAAGGCGUUCCAAAGUUUCUUGAAAAACAACGGCAUCACACAUAAACAAGGCGCACCGUACCACCCCGCGACUAAUGGCCAAGCGGAAAGGUUUGUGCAAACGGUAAAGACCAAACUACGUUCAGCUAAUUGCACUUCGAAUAGUAUGAAUCGCGAGCUGGCAAACAUUCUAAUGGCUUAUCGUCGAUCAAUUCACCCUGCAACAGGGAAAUCACCCGCGAUGAAUAUGUUUGGUCGGCAGAUCCAAUCCAAAUUAGAACUAUUGCUCCCAAGUAACAGCAGAAGCGACCAAGAACGCCCACCUAAGAAGCAAUUCCUCGUAGGGGACAAAGUUGCAGUGCGAGAUUAUCUAUCGAGCGCUAAGUGGCAGUUUGGAAUAGUCAAAGAGGUACUGGGUAGUUUACACUACUACAUUCGUUUAGACGACGGUAGAACGUGGAAGAGGCAUGUGGACCAAAUGAGAAAAGUAGGCGAGGGAGUGAUCCAUUCAAGGAAAAUGCCAGAAGAGCCGGAAAAAGUGGAUCAGAGGAAAGAUGACCAGAUAACGCUGUACGAGGCAACGACAUUUCAGCCCUCAGCGAGCCUAGCCGAUCGACCCAUAGCCGACGAACCUACCAUAGCCCGAGAGAAGAAUGAUUCUCCACAGCGUCAGACGACAACGGAAAGUGAGACGAAUAAUACAGAUGACACCACUGUUCGAAGAUCAACACGUAACCGGAGGGUACCGGAACGAUAUAAAGACUUUACGACAUAG